AUGAUUGUCAUUAACCCGCCAAAUAGGACAUCAACGGAGGAGGAUGGAGCGGAUCAGAUUGGAUACGAUACUCCUCGAUCCGGCAUCGCUACACCUCAACCUGAUCUGACUGACAAGCGACUACCUGGUAUUGCGAGUUACUUUGGCCAGGUUCGUACACCCUCUUUACCUUCUUCCUUAGGUUCUUCCUCUUUUUCCCGAACACCAGAGACUGAGUCGACCCACCCUGCCUCUCCCCAGGAAAAGAAGGAAACGGAUAGCGCCCAGCAACAACUACCGAGCCCGGAGUCGGAAUUGAGCAGCAAGGAUCUGUCGCCGGAAAUUUCGCCUCUCCUUCCACAUGAGAGGAUCGAACCUCUGGUAAAUGCGCAAUCCUCGCAGCCAUCUGACCCCUACCCUACGCCUCCCUCUUCACAAACACCGUCAGAGAAGGGGGUCAAGUUGUCUGACGCGAGUGGCGAUUCGGACACGGCUGCCAGCGGUUCAUCGACUCGAUCCUCUUUGAAUAACAAAAGCGCUACGGAUCUCACGCAGUUGAAGGUUCGGAGGGCCACCCUUGCAUCUCCUCUCACGAGCAUUGUCACUACAUCUAGCGUUCACACGAGUCACAUGUCCAUCCCUAUCGAUCGUACCUCUACAGCCACCCCUACUUCUCCCCCGGACACCCAACCCCCUGCAGGCGAUUCUAGCAAUUUUCUCUCUCAGUCAGCCUCGAUUGAUCGACUCAAGAAGCUAACUGAAGGUGGAUCCAAAAAGAGCGGUCCAUCGACACCUACUAGAACGCUUUCCGCAACCCACGCGUCCCACCCCCCCGCCGCCGCCGUCGAAGAACGAUCGCCGUCGAAGCUUGGUGGGGACAGCGCGGAGACAGGCGGCAGGCAAACACCGGCCUCAUCCUCGAGUGGCAGCGCUGCCAGCAAUACUGGCGCGCAAGCGCCACCCCAGAGGGGCAAGUUGACCAUCAAGAUUCUGGAAGCUCGGGGAUUACGAAAGAGUCGGGAUCCCUAUGUUGUUGCGGUCUUUCAGAGGAGUGAGCUGAUUUCACACGGACCUCGAACAUUUGAGGAUGAAGAGGAACCAGCCGCUCAACCUGUCCCUAUGAGUGGGAUGGGUGGCCUUCCCAUACAGCGCCAAGGCAGUGACCCUGGCCGCUCGAUGGCGAUCCCUAUGCGCAGCCGUCAGAGCAGCAACACCAGCAUCUCUGACUACAAUACCUGGCGGAAUCGCCCCCGCAAGUCCUUCACAAGCCCUAAGUGGGACGCCGAAGCAGAAUUUGACGUUGUGGAUUCAGACAUGCUAGUUGAUAUCUCGAUUUACGAUCACGGUACACAAGGAGAAGAGUUCUUGGGACAUGUUGACUUCCAAGCUAUCAUUCCAGGAAAGGACGAGCCUGUGCGAGGCUGGUUCCCAUUGAGAGGAAACGUUGAUACCACACCCGAGAAGACACCGACCGGCGAGAUAUUCGUUGAAGCGAGUUUCCAGAGAACUGAGAAGAAGCAUUAUGGACCAGACGACUUCCAGAUUUUACGUUUAAUUGGAAAGGGCACCUUCGGUCAAGUUUACCAGGUACGGAAGAAGGAUACCGGCCGAAUAUAUGCUAUGAAGGUGCUGUCGAAGAAGGUUAUUGUUCAGAAGAAAGAGGUGGCGCACACAGUUGGCGAACGAAAUAUCCUAGUCCGAACUGCGAUGUCCGAGUCGCCCUUCAUUGUUGGAUUGAAGUUCUCAUUCCAAACACAGAAUGACCUCUUCCUAGUGACUGAUUAUAUGUCGGGUGGCGAACUCUUCUGGCAUCUUCAGAAGGAAGGACGAUUCGACGAAAAGCGAGCCAAGUUCUAUAUUGCCGAGCUCAUCCUCGCCAUCCAGCAUCUUCACAAUAACGAUAUCGUCUACCGCGAUCUGAAGCCCGAGAACAUUCUCCUCGACGCCAAUGGCCACAUCGCACUUUGCGAUUUCGGAUUGUCUAAGGCAAACUUGACACAGAAUGAUACGACCAAUACAUUCUGCGGAACCACGGAAUAUCUAGCCCCAGAAGUGCUGCUAGAUGAGGCAGGAUAUACCAAGAUGGUUGACUUCUGGUCUCUUGGAGUUCUCGUCUUUGAGAUGUGCUGUGGCUGGAGCCCCUUCUACGCGGAAGAUACGCAGCAGAUGUACAAGAACAUUGCGUUCGGCAAAGUCCGAUUCCCGCGCGACACGCUCUCCCAAGAGGGCAGAAACUUUGUCAAAGGACUACUUAACAGAAACCCGAAGCAUCGGCUUGGCGCUAUUGACGAUGCCGAAGAGUUGAAGCGUCACCCAUUCUUUGGCGACGUUGAUUGGGAUAUUUUGACUAAGAAGCUUAUCACGCCACCCUUCAAGCCUAAGUUAAAGUCCGAGACAGACGUCUCGUACUUUGAUCCCGAAUUUACCAAUGCCUUGAAUACGAAUGGGUCGUUGAAUGAACGUGCUCAACAGCUGGCGGCCGGCUUUGCCACAUCCACACCACUUUCCCCGACCACACAAGCCAACUUUCAAGGUUUCACGUUUGUCGAUGAGAGCUCAUUGGACGACCACAUGCGGGCAAGAUUCGGUGACGAGGAUAUGGAUGAUGCAGACCGUCGGGACAAUGACUGGGAUGAUUUGGAGGAUAUCGACCUCCGGAAAGGCAAUAGGAUGAGUGGUAUUGUGAAGACUGGUCACAAUGAGGAGGCAUUUGGUCAAUCCCAUUUCGACAUAUGA